UCUUGGGUUCGUGGUCGCUGGAGCUCACGCCUGGGACAAUGGUGUGCAUUCCUUGUAUCGUCAUUCCAGUUCUGCUCUGGAUCUACAAAAGAUUCCUGGAGCCAUAUGUAUACCCUCUGAUUUCCCCUUUUGUUAGUCGUAUAUGGCCUAAAAAAGCUAUACAAGAAUCCAAUGAUAAAAAUAAAGGCAAAGUAGACUAUAAGGGUACAGACAUAAAUGGAUUACCAACAAAAGAACCAACAGAAACCUUUGAUAAAAAGAAGGACUAACACGUUUUCUCAAAGGAUUUUGUUGUUUUAAAAUGGACUUGAUAAUUGUAAUUGUCUUCCUUGUAAUUGUCUCUCACUUUUUUCUCUCAGACCAGAAUUCAGGAUAGAUAGUGUAGAUAUUUAACUGAUGCUAAUCAGGAAAUAACAUGGUAUGUAUUUUUCAGAUGUAUUUAAUUAUAUUUAAUGACCUCAUUCCUGCCUUUUUCAUUGAAGUAACUUUCGUUUCUAUUAUUGCGGUUUUCAUAAUAUGAAUAAAUGGAAGGUUUGUGCCAGUAGACAUCUUUAUUACUAAAUCAGUACUUAGAGAUCCUUGGGCUCUUGCAUUCAUUCACAUGAAAAUGACUGCUGUUUGCUCUACUUUGGACUCUUCUAAUUCAAAUGAAGUACGUUUUUACUGUGCAACAGUGAAGUGAAAUGAAAGAUAGAGUUUUGGGAGAUGAUAAUGAAGAAAAAAUUACUUUCCAACACAGUGGAGCAGUUUAUCUAUGAGAGUAAUAAUUACCGUUUCUAACUCUGAGAAAGAUAGAAGAGCCAGGGAUUAUAGAAUAAACUUCUUUGAGGAAUAAAACAUCUUUUACAUAAAUGUUCAAUGUAUAUUAUAAAAUUCUACUCUGUUGCAUUCCUUCUACUCUCAUAAACAUAUUAAAUAAUCCUUU